UAAAGGUUCGGAAGUCUCGAUUCCCGUUUUUUCAUUCUCAAUUCCCGUUUUUUCAGACAGUAGAGUUUGUAUUUCUAAGUUAAAGAGUUACUGGUACCGAUUGGAUUGGAUUGGAUUGGAUAGAAUAAAUAAAAGUAUGGCGGAGGAACACUACGGAGGCGAUGAAAUCGAACCAUCGGCGUCUUUUACGAAGAAGACAAGUCAUCAUCAUGACUCUUCAGAUUCCGAUUCAGACCACAAAAACAAAAAGGAAGAGGAGGCGGAGGAUGAGCACAGCAAGAAGAAGAAGAAGGAUGAUGUUCCUCCUUCUUCUUCGAUGAAAUCAAAGAUCUACCGCUUGUUUGGUAGAGAAAAACCUGUUCACAAUGUUUUUGGCGGUGGUAAACCGGCUGACGUGUUCUUGUGGAGGAACAAGAAGAUUUCAGCUAGUGUACUUGGUGGAGCCACUGCAGUGUGGGUCUUCUUUGAAUUGCUCGAGUACCAUCUGCUUACGUUGCUUUGCUAUGCCCUCAUACUCGCGUUUACCGUUCUCUUCCUGUGGUCCAACGCUUCCAAGUUUAUCAACAAGUCUCCUCCUCGUAUCCCUCAAGUGCGUAUUCCUGAAGACAAGUUUCUACAUUUUGCUGCUGGAUUAAGGAUUGAGCUUAAUCAGGGUCUUGACACGCUGCGUAACAUUGCAUCUGGAAGGGAUUUGAAGAAGUUUCUUGCUGUUGUCGCUGGACUGUGGAUUCUCUCUAUUGUGGGGAGUUGGUGCAACUUCUUGACAUUGUUCUACAUAACUUUUGUGCUUCUACACACGAUCCCAGUUCUAUAUGAGAAGUACGAGGACCAGAUUGAUGCAUUUGCAGAAAAAGCAAUGAUCGAAAUCAAGAAACAAUAUGCAGUGUUUGAUGCCAAAGUUGUGAGUAAAAUCCCAAGAGGACCAUUGAAAGACAAGAAGAGAGCUUGAUGUUACCUCCUUCUAGUGCUUAGAGUAUCCCCCUCCUGGUUGUGAACUUUGAGAGUGUUAGUAAUUAGUUCCAUAUGUUGUGAUAUGUGUUUAGCUUCUAAGUGUUGUCGUCCAUUAGGGAGUUGUACAUCUUCCAAGUACUCAACUGACGUUUGCUUUUAUUGAAUGUGUAUCUGAGACCACCAAGUUAUUUUCAA